CUUUACUCACCGCUCUCUAGUGAGAGCAAAAACCCAUUUGUACCGGCACUUAUACUCCGAGACGCAAAACUUCUCAUCGCAACACAAUCCAACCUCAGAUUACCGCAAGCCCAACGAAGCCAGAUGUGCAACCUCAAAGAGCUCAGCUUUUCCUGCGGGCACAAACAAUACAGCAUCGUCACCGCCUGUCCCACCGCGUUCCGCUUCAAAGCCACGCCCGUGGAUCUCCCUCCGGACUUCUGCCGCGCCGUUGUCUCGAUCGAAGAAUGCGUCUCACUACCCAAAGCAUGCAAGGAAGGCUGUCGACGAGCGAAAGCCCUCGAGGCGCUGAAUCGGAGGUACAAGGAGGCCAAUGACAAGAUUGAGAAGGUUUCUGAGCGGGUGGAUGCGGUUCAGAAGUGCCUUUCCGAUGGACAAGCACCGAAAUAUGCAUUUCCCGGCUUGGAAGAGAAAGGAUGGGACACGCAGCUCUUGAAAAAGCUUUGCGCGGUGGCACUAACCCAGGUCCGUCGCCUCCUCUCGGAAUAUUCGACUGUCAAGAAAUCGGUUCUUACAGAUCUCGACGCCGCCUUCACAGCAGCAAAAUUGACUAUCGGUGAGUACGAAAUCGAAAUUUCCCCAGGCAAUGUGACGCGUAUGGUGGCCUUCGAUGGUGGGGCGCUUGAGCAGGUUGGCGCAGAGCUGUGGGAGGGGCUAUAUGAUUUGGUGCUGGAAAUUGAGAGGAUGGCUUCGGAGGCUUGCUUGGAGGAAUUGGGAUGGGAGAUGCCGAAGGAGGAUGAGGAGCAGUGCGAGGUGUUGAGGGAUUUUGGGAGUUGGAAGGUGGGCGUCUUGUCGGGGUCGCGGAUGGAUGAUGCGUUCGUCGGGGGUGGGGUGGAUGAGCUUGAGACGGCGGAGGACAUCGGCCAUUGGAGCUGUGGGAGGAGGAUGACGAUGACGAUGACGAACGGAGCUGAAGCAUGCGGAGACUAGUCGAACUGAUGAAAGGUACCGAACCUACGCCAACUCCGCCUGAGAUCGAAGCUACAACAAGUUGGUAUGGUAGAAAAGAGGCGCCAGGUUGGAGGGACGCAUUGGAGGUGAGAAUAAUCCAAUUCCCUUAUCAAACUACAAGUAACCCAGAUGCAUCAAAAGCGUACCGCAUUAUGUAAGAAAAGCUUUCAUUAA